GCUGGCUGACACAUUCAUGGCAUGUAAAACCAGUUAGUAAAGUAUUGCAUUCUAGCAAGACUAACUUGAGCCAAGGCUUGUCAUUCAUUCAAUCAAUCCUUAUCAUAAUUCGUUUUUAAAACCUCUUGCAUGAAGAAUCUCAGCACUUCCAUCUCUUGUCAGAUCACCAAGGAAUAUUAGUCAGGCAUUCAGUAUGCACACCUAAAAUAUACCGAAUAAAGGGCCUAGAACUCCGGGUGCCUAAUGCGCAUGCCUUCUCAAAGUUUCUGUUGCAGAAAGCAAGCAGUAGAAAAAGCAUCGGUGAGCUAACAUCAUAACCAAAAUAUCGAUGUUCGAUCAUCUCUCAAGAAUGUUUUCACAAAUACCUUUCUCUUGAUUUCGCGGGGGAGUAUGUAUUUUGCGAAUUAUGACUUUCCAGCGUUUCCUUUUGCAAAAUGUUUACUUCAGUAGCUGUCAGACGCCGGUUAUGAUAGCUGGCUAACGUUAGCUAGUUAACCUAGCUGAUCGCUAGCAGCACAAAGAAGUGUUCAAUGCUUUGUGGUGCUAUGACUCGAGCAUGGUGAGGAGAGUGUUUCCCAUGUUGCAUUAGUGGAAGUGUGACAUGCUGGCCUGUCUGCCAGCAUCAUCAGGUGACCCUACAACCCGAUUUCUCUCCCACACGCAGAUGAACACUGGACUUCAGCAAUGGGACACUACACAGAAGAUGAGAUCUGCCAACUAUCCAACCCCAGCAGAAUUAGAUGCCUUUGCUAAGAAAGUCGCCAACAAGCCUCUGACCAUAAAGAUCUUCCCCAACAGUGUCAAAGUACCUCAGAGAAAGCACAUCCGCCGCACAGUGAACGGGUUGGACACGUCCAGCCAGCGCCACAGCCCCUACCAGUCUCAGGUCAGCAGCACCAGAGCGGGCCUCCUAGCCGUCCUUCGCACUUCGACCGGGAAAAGCGCCAUCAAAGACACAGACGGCAGCCAAGCCCAUCUGCUUCCCAAAGAAGCCAUGAACCUCCACAGCGGGUCGCUUGUCGCUCAAAGCUCUUUAAAUCUCCCCGAGCCUGUCCCCCACCUCCAGGGCAUGUCCCAAACCCAACACCAGGCAUUGAACCAGAAACAGCACCUCCCCCACCCACAUCCACAGCAUGCUGUACAGCAACACAACAUGGCUCAUCGUGUGACUUCACAGCCACAGAAUAUUCCUCAACCUCACCCUAAAACUUUACAGCAACAGAACAUGGCCCACCCUCAAACUUUACAGCGGCAACCAAGCUUGUCCCAGCUGCAAACUGUACAGCAGCAACAGCAGAAUCUGGCGCACCCCCAGAAUAUCCAGCGGCAGCAAAGUUUGCCUCACACGCAGACUUUACGACAGCAAAAUCAGACUCGGCCACAAACCUUACAGCAGCAGCAUCUUUUUCAUCCUCAGACGCUGCAGCACCAGACUCUUCCUCACCAACAAGCUUUAGUACAGCAGGCUGUGGCUCAGGCUCAAGGUCUCCGGCACCUGCCUGACUUAGCCCAGGCCCAGCCUCCACCUAGUCUGCAACAUUCCCAGGGCAUGCAGCAACCCCAGAGCCUGUCACAGCCUCUCCCCCAGGGCCUCCGGCACCAGCCUGACGUAGCCCAGUCCCAGCUUCCACCCAGUCUGCAACAUUCCCAGGGCCUCCCCCCAUCUCAGCAGUUCCCCCAGGCCUCCGGUGCCGGCCCUGGCCCUCCCUCUGCCCUGCAGCCCCAGCCAGGCCCCCCCUACGGCCCCAGGAAGCUGCCAGAUGCAGACGUCCCGCCAAACGUAACUGUAUCUACCUCCACCAUCCCGCUAUCCAUGGCGGCCUGCCUGCACCACAACCGGCCGGGCACAGACCUGAGCAUCAUCGUGCACCAGAUCAACCAGUUCUGUCAGGCUCGGGCCGGAAUGGGUGCCACCUCGGUGUGUGAGGGCCAGAUAGCCAACCCCAGCCCCAUCAGCCGUAACCUUCUCAUCAAUGCCAGCUCCAGGGUCAACACACCCCACAAUCUGGACCUCCUUCCCUCCGGCCUGCUGGGCCCCACAGAGAAGGUCCCUGGAGAGUCCCAGGGCCCUGCUGGUGGCUUACAGCCCAACAUAGCUGUCAUGAACAGGUUGCCACCUGCUUUCCACACUGACAUAAAGCAGCAGUUACAGCAGCAGCAAGUACAGCAGUUACAACAGGUUCACCAGCAGCAACAACAUAAUCAGGUACAGCAGCUCCAACAGGUUCAUCAGCAGCAACAGCUACAACAUCAGUUACAGCAGCAACUCCAACAGCAACACUCCUGGAACCAGCACCAGCUGGGGCACAUGCAGCACCUGCCUGAGGGAACCAACCCCAGCAAGAACCCCAGGAGAGAAAUCCCCUCUGGGCCUGUCUUCCCUGCCAAGACCCUCAACUAUCCCCACGUGCUGCUGGCCUCACAGCCACAAGCCUUCUACCUUAAACACCCAUCAGACAAGACAACCCCCUCGCCCACUGUAACCGGCCCACCGGGUGGCACCAUGCCCAGCUCCACCAACGGGUGCUACCUGCAGGCUCCAUGGGGCAGUGUCCUACAAGCAGGCAAUAGUGAUGGUCUUGGCCCUCUGGAUUUGGCCUUCCAGGGGGGCCCGUCAGGGGCCUCCAUAGACUGCAGCACACCAGGAUCACAGUACCGACCAGGAGCCAGACCCGGGUUCCCAGGUUCGGGUCAGACCAAGCUGAUUAAGCAGAACGUGUCUGAUUACCUGUCUGGGGAUUUCCAGGCAUUCCAGCAUAACCCAGGUGCCAUGGGGAAGAUGCACAGGCCCCCCAUGGGUAGAGCUCUAGCCCAGGGCCCAGAGCUAGGCAACGAUAGAAAUAUCCCCGCUCAUCACCCAGGCUAUAGAUAGCAGUCUUCACCUCACCAGUUGUGUGUCAUGGUUGGUGAAUGAUUCAAGAUUAUUAGAUAGAUGGCAGUCUUCACCUCACCAGUUGUGUGUCAUGGUUGGUGAAUGAUUCAAGAUUAUAAUCAGGUGUCCACAUGUUGUAGAGUUCUUGCAAGUGAUCAAUUGACUGUUCUCCCUAGUCGGUUGCUCCUGCUCUCAAUGUUUAAUCGCUGACUUAUGUGUUUUAAAAGUAGGUCCUUAGCCCUUAAAGGUAUCUGUUAAACCUUAGUGCCAGAUUAAGGGUUUUUGAUUGUAAUUCUAAUGAUGAAGAAUACUUACUCAUACAUUUACAUCAUUACAUUUAAGUCAUUUAGCAGACGCUCUUAUCCAGAGCGACUUACAAAUUGGUGCAUACACCUUAUGACAACCAGUGGAACAGCCACUUGCAUCUAAAU